UGCUGGGUUUGCCGUCCAGACUGCUGGUAAACAAAGCUGCACCUAUGGUCUGUUAAACUUCUGAAAAAAGCUCUUUCGGAUGGAUUAAAUGUCCAGAACCACAACCUCGUAACUCUUUGGUUCUGCGGGGCGGAUUUCCGGAGCUGCCAUGAGCCGGCCUGCGGUCUGACUGGAACAGGAUGGCUGCAGAGCUGUUUCCCAGUAAGACACUGGUGUCCUCCGCCUCGACCAGCAGCUCCAUCCAGCAGCAGAACGCGAGGAACAACAACGGCAGCGCCGCCGGGCACAGCUGCCGCAGCUGGCAGGGUCUGUACCCCACCAUCCGAGAGAGGAAUUCAGUCAUGUUCAACAAUGAGAUGAUGGCAGAUGUUCACUUCGUGGUCGGGCCCCCAGGUGCGACGCAGCGAGUCCCCGGACACAAGUACGUCCUGGCCGUCGGCAGCUCUGUGUUCCAUGCCAUGUUCUACGGGGAACUGGCCGAGGACCAGGAGGAGAUCCGGAUCCCUGAUGUGGAGCCGCCUUCAUUCCUGGCCAUGUUGAAGUACAUCUACUGCGAUGAGAUCGACCUGUGUGCCGACACGGUGCUCGCCACUCUCUACGCUGCUAAAAAGUACAUUGUGCCUCAUCUGGCGCGGGCCUGCGUCAACUUCCUGGAGACCAGCCUGAGUGCCAAGAACGCCUGCGUGCUGCUGUCGCAGAGUUGCCUGUUCGAGGAGCCGGACCUGACGCAGCGCUGUUGGGAGGUCAUCGACGCCCAGGCUGAGCUGGCGUUGCGCUCCGAGGGCUUCUGUGACAUCGACACCCAGACGCUGGAUAGCAUCCUGCGGCGGGAGACGCUCAACGCCAAGGAGAUGGUGGUGUUUGAGGCGGCGCUGAACUGGGCGGAGGCUGAGUGCCAGCGACAAGACCUUUCGCCGACCAUCGAGAACAGGCGUCUGGUGCUGGGGAAGGCCAUCUACCUGAUCCGCAUCCCCACCAUGGCGCUGGAGGACUUCGCCAACGGAGCGGCACAGUCCGGGGUGCUGACACUCAACGAGACCAACGACAUAUUCCUGUGGUACACCGCUUCCAAGAAGCCGGACCUCUUGUUUUGCUCCAAACCUCGCAAAGGCCUGUCGCCGCAGCGCUGCCACCGGUUCCAGUCCUGCGCCUACCGGAGCAAUCAGUGGCGCUACCGCGGCCGCUGCGACAGCAUCCAGUUCGCCGUGGACAAGCGCAUUUUCAUCGCCGGCUUCGGCCUGUACGGCUCCAGCUGCGGCUCGGCGGAGUACAGCGCCAAGAUCGAGCUGAAGCGGCAGGGCGUGCCGAUGGCCCAGCGGAUCAUCAAGUACUUCUCCGACGGCUCUAGCAGCACCUUCCCCGUCUGGUUCGACUACCCGGUGCAGAUUGAGCCCGACACCUUCUACACCGCCAGCGUGGUGCUGGACGGCAACGAGCUCAGCUACUUCGGGCAGGAGGGCAUGACCGAGGUGCAGUGUGGGAAAGUGACCUUCCAGUUCCAGUGCUCCUCAGACAGCACCAACGGCACCGGGGUACAGGGAGGCCAGAUCCCCGAACUUAUCUUCUACGCCUGAGCCCAGGAGGAGUACCAGGGUCGCGGCAGAGAUGCUGAUGGAACCCUGGAUUUACCGCUGAGCUUUCUAGACAGAAACCGUCUGAGACUCAACCAGGUCUUCACAAUCCUUGUCCUCUGUCCUCUGCUGCUGUUCUGCAGGAUUUUUGUUGUAAAUCUGAAAGUAGGUGCACCAGCUUGGUCUCCUACAAGUGGAUUUAAACUCAGUGAUCUGCAGUUUCAUCCACGGCUUCAUUGUGUUCUCACCGACUGGUCGACUUGCAAUCAAAACGUCCGGGACCGGUGAGGACACACCCGAGGCCGAUGACAAGUCGCGGUAAUGCACACAGCUAAAACAACGACCAGCCAUAUUGAGAUAUCCUUUAGCGUGAUUCCUGCAGAUGGUAACGUUUUACAAGUCUAUAAAUGUGAGGGUUUGGAGGUGUUAAUGAAGGCUCGCGUUCUUGAUCAGGAUGCGUUGUUAUUCAGGACAUGUCUGGACGAGCGUUUAACGUUUCCUUUGUGUACUUUUGUUUGAGUUGUUUGUGGCCCCGUGAAGGAGGGUUGAGGUUUUUGUCCAGUUUGCGUCGGUCCUACAACUAGAUCCGUCCACAAACUGCUGGACGGGUCUCGGCCCUCCUCCGGAGCUAACCGCCACCAACAGCUCCGACACGUCUCCCGCUUCAGUCUGGUCCUGCAGGCGCAACGGUUUCUGUUUCUGUUGAUUCAAAUGACGCGUUUCAAGUCCAGGGCAGGUUCCAAGUCCAAAAUAAUGAAUAAAGGAAAUCUAAUGGCACUUUUCCACUAGUCUCGCUUCAGCCCGGCUCGGCUCGACGCGGCUCCACCCGUGUGUUUUUGCACAGCCAGGGG